AUGUCGAGGUUUAGCUGCUUCAUCGUGUUGCUGCUCUGCGCUUGUGCUGCAGCCGCGCCUACAAUCUCCGCGGAAGAGGAGCUCUGCGACGACCAGGGCCUAGCCGACCAGUUCAUGUCGUCCGACCACAAUCCAAUGGACUGCGGGGAGUUUGCGGCCGUGCCCCUGCAGGCCUGCACCCAGGUCGUGGCCGGACUGAACUACGAGGUGCUGGUGAACAUCACCUGCACCGACGGCGGGUCUAUUGUCGUGCUGGGCACCGCCUUUGUGGGGUUGCCCGUCGACGGCAAGCAGCAGAUUGAGGUGGAGAGCGCAGAGGAGGUCUCCACCUAG